UACAUGAUCCCGUUCGGGCAGACAGGCAAGGCACACUCCAGACUCCACUCCACUCCCGCACGACAGCAGCGACCAACUCACCGGCGCGGCGGCGCGAACGGCAAACCGACCGCAGCAUCGACACCGGGACGGCGCUGAUCUCUCUAGGACCAAUGGCACCGGAGACGCAGCCGCACUUGCAGCCACCGCCUUCCUGGUCGGCCAUCCCGCAAGACCUGGCCGUCCUGGUGCUCCGCCUGCUUCCCGCAUACGUCGACCGUGCUCGCUUCGCCGCGGUGUGCCCACAGUGGCGUGCCGCCGCGAGGCUGCCCCUUCCUCCGCCACAGCCGCUGCUCGCGCUCCCCAACGGCACCUUCUACAGCCUCCCCUACACCAAGCCCUUCCGCUUCCCUGGCUGCGGCUUCGCUGGGUACCAGAGCGUCUGCGGGAACUGGCUCGUCUUCUCCCGCGACAACGGGUGCUUCCUGGUCGAUCCCUUCUCCGGGGCCACCAUGACGCUCCCUGCUCUCUCAUGCAUCCGCCUCCAGCCUCCAAAUGCAGUCGCUAAAUGGUCAGAUUCAGAUGAUGGAAGGGCUAGAUUUGCUGACCCUUACAUUACAUGGAUGCACAUCAGUGAUGAAUCACACAAGCUGCACAUAAGUAAGCUAAUCAUGUGCUCGCCAAACCUUGUUGCUGCAUUGGUUGGCAUCGGACAUACCACUCAGAUUCUAAUGUGCAAGCCAGGGGCAUUGUCGUGGUCAGUACGAGCGUACGAUGAGUGUAAGGGGUUCGAAGACAUGGCAUUCUACCAGGGCAAGCUAUACGCCAUUGCUGAUGACGAGAACCUCCUUGUGGUGAACAUCAGCGAGGACCAUAACACUGGCGAUCCACAGGUUUCUAAGACAGCUCAAGUCAUCAAAGGUGAUCGGUGCCCAUGGUAUCACGCUGUGUUCGAUGACAACAUGAUGCACAACCAGAAGAUCUACCUAGUUGAAUCGCGUGGGGCGUUGCUGAUGGUUCGCAGGGCGAUUUGGUGCAAGGUGCCUGAGCGUGGAGUGGAUAGGGAAAUCGUGGCUCGACGGAACGAGUUUGAGGUAUUCAAGGCUGACUUCGAGCGUUCACGUUGGGACAAGGUGACGACCGUUGGGGAUGACCAGCUGCUGUUUCUAGGGCGAAGGUGUUCCAUGGCUUUGUCCGUGUCUCAGUAUGACAUCCCAGGCGAUAGCAUCUUGUUCUUGGAUGAUGAUGAGGAGAAUCGUGUGGAGUAUUCUUAUGAGGGCGAGAACACUUCUUUCAGCACCUAUCACCUGAGAUUUCGUUUUAUCAGUUCUGCUCUUUCAAAGAUUUCAUGGAAGCGUGGCGAUGACAUGCGUCUGGCAGUAUGGCUCUUUCCUCAGGACCGUUGAGGAGUUAUACUGUUAGUCUGAUAUUUCUAUUCAUGCUGCUCCCAGUCCCAGGUUAUCUGAAAACGGCAGAGAUGUUGAAUGUUCACUAGUUAUGUUGCAAGCUGGUCAACAUAUUAUCUAUCUGACCCUGGUGGUAUGGUGUUCAGUUGUUCCCCUAACCUGCCAUGAGAUACAUUAGUAGCGUAUUUAUCUGAACUUUGUUACUCUUUUAAGUGCCGUGCAUCAGUGCUUGUAAGUUAUUGCGGUGGUUACUACUUACUACUACUGUGAUGGCACCAAAUGCAUAAAUUUGUUUAUGUCUACUCCA